CUUAAGUUGAUGCAACUCUGUAAUAAUCUGUUCUGUCGAUGAAGCAACAACAUGAUUUCAUUUUGUUUACUACUUGAAGCUUUUCUUGUGGCUUUUCUUCACUGUGCAGAAGACCCAACAGCGGAAGAUUUGCUUGUCCUAAAUGAAGCAAUUGAAAAAUAUGGUCCCCCACAAGACUACCAACAGUUGGGUUUGCCAGGUCCACAAAUAGAAAUUGAUGAAAAUAAAAAUCUACACGAGAAUAAAUUAGAAUAUGAUGAAACGAAAAAUUACACUUUGAGGAUUCGUACAAUAACUCCACAGUUUAGUUACAAUGCACGUUACGAAGAAGCUAUAAUAGAAGAAUUUCCAGUCAUUAAAGGCCAAUUUGGGGAACAUUUUCUCGGAAAUAGUAGCCAAGUUUAUAUUCGAACUAUUGGUUACAUACUCGACGAGAGGGGUUUUCGACAAUUUUUGUUGGAUUUUACAGCUGUUAAAAGUUUAGAAGAACUGCCAGUCUUCGAAAGUGGCGGCGUUCCUAUUUCGUCCACAGUUCUUAUCACAUUAACAGGAGGCAAUUCUCUCGGCUAA